CGUGGAUAGUGAGGGGUCCCGCACGCCUGGAGGAGAGGGUCUGUGUCAAGAGCGGCGGGGACUGCAGGAGGGAAGAGAGACGGAUGCCUGGCCACCAUGGGGCACAUGUCAGCUUCUGAGUCUCAGACUCAUUGAAGACUGAGGCAUAAACAUUGGAUCCAGACUCCUUGAUUCAUAGAGGCUGGCACUGCCUUCCCCACAAUGGCAGAGGUGGUAGCUGAGGUGGCUGAGAUACCAACACAGAUGUCGCCAGGGGCAAUGGAGAUGUCAACACCAGUGUUAGGGGAGAUCACAGAGAUGUCAACAGAGGUGACUGAGAUGACACCUGGGGAAGCCCUUGCCUCAUCCCUCUUCUUCCAGCACCACCAGUUCAUGUGUUCUGAGUGUGGCAGCCUCUACAAUACACUGGAGGAAGUCCUCUCACACCAAGAGCAGCAUGUGCCCACUGUCACAGAGGAGGAGGCACUGGCCACCCAGGACGCCGGCCUGGAUCCAGAGCUAAUGCCAGGCACUGAGGAUGGGCCUUUCCAGUGCGGUGAGUGCAGCCAGCUCAUCCUUUCCCCCAGCGAGCUCCUGGCCCACCAGGAUGCCCACCUCCGGGAAUCUGCAAGCCAGAUCCAGUACCAGUGUGGGGACUGUCAGGAGCUCUUCCCCUCGCCUGAGCUGUGGGUGGCUCAUCGCAAGGCCCAGCACCUUUCUGCUGCAGCAGCCGAACCACCAGUGCCACUGCCUCUGCCUCCCCCAACACCGCCACCCCCACCUGCCUCUCCACUGGAAGUCAGGAUGGAGCCCUAUGAGUGUCCUGAGUGCUCUACCCUCUGUGCCACCCCUGAGGAGUUCUUGGAGCAUCAAGGCACCCACUUUGACUCCCUAGAGAAGGAAGAGUGCAAUGGGCUAGAGGAGGAAGAAGAAGAUGAAGAGGAUGAUGAAGAUGAUGAAGAGACAGAGGACGAGGAGGCAGUGGCAGAGGGUGGUAGUGAUGCUAUGGGAGGCAACAAGUCCACAGCCAGCCGGGCCCAGAGCUGUGGGGAUUGUCCUCAACACUGGACCUCAGCAGGGGCACGCCGGCGACACCGGCGCGCAUCCCGGGGCCCAGCAUCAGCAGCCCAUCCCUUUCACUGCAGCCAGUGCCAGCGCAGCUUCAGCUCAGCAAACCGGCUGCUGGCUCAUGGGCGGGCCCAUGUUGGUGGCACACACGAGUGUACAACCUGCUCCAAGGUCUUCAAGAAAGCAGCCUCACUGGAGCAGCACCUGCGGCUGCACCGCGGUGAAGCCCGCUACCUUUGCGUGGACUGUGGCCGUGGCUUCAGCACAGAACUCACGUUGGUGGCCCACCGGCGGGCCCACACUGCCAACCCACUGCAUCGCUGCCGCUGCGGCAAGACCUUCAGCAACAUGACCAAGUUCCUCUACCACCGGCGCACCCAUGCCGGCAAGAGCGGGGCGCCCCCCACGGCGACAGCCUCCGCAACUCCAGCAGAGCCCACACCCCCACCGCCGCCCCCUCCCCCACCAGCCCAGCUGCCCUGCCCACAGUGCGCCAAGUCCUUUGCCUCAGCCUCCCGGCUUUCCCGGCACCGGCGCGCAGUCCAUGGGCCCCCCGAACGGCGGCACCGCUGUGGUGUUUGUGGCAAGGGCUUCAAGAAGCUGGUCCACGUGCGCAACCACCUGCGGACACACACCGGCGAGAGGCCCUUCCAGUGCCACUCGUGUGGCAAGACCUUUGCUUCUCUGGCCAAUCUCAGCCGCCACCAGCUGACCCACACAGGCGUGCGUCCCUACCAAUGCCUGGACUGUGGCAAGCGCUUCACACAGAGCUCCAACCUACAGCAGCACCGGAGGCUGCACCUGCGGCCAGUCGCCUUCGCCCGCGCACCCCGCCUCCCCAUCACUGGUCUCUACAAUAAGAGCCCCUACUACUGCGGGACCUGCGGCCGCUGGUUCCGUGCCAUGGCGGGCCUGCGGCUGCAUCAGCGGGUCCAUGCCCGAGCACGAAUGAUGACACUGCAGCCACCCAGAUCACCGCCUCCCGCCCCACCCCCACCCCCCGAGCCUCAGCAGACUAUCAUGUGCACGGAGCUCGGGGAGACCAUCGCCAUCAUUGAGACGUCCCAGCCACUGGCACUUGAGGACACGCUGCAGCUGUGCCAGGCGGCACUGGGAGCCAGUGAAGCGAGCGGGCUGUUGCAGUUGGACACGACCUUCGUGUGACCCAGCUGAAGAGCAACAAUAAAAAAGUUUGGUUGCAACAGCAAGUAUGGGCACCUCUGGGGAAAAAGGGGACCACUCCAUGGCAAGCCUCUCCAGUGCCCGCCAGGUGCCAGGAUCCACCCUGACCUCUUACCCACUGACUCCUCAGAACAGCCCCGCCAGGUUUCUCUUGUCACCUUCCUCUGCCUGAGGGAAAACUGAAGGUCUGAGAUGCAAUAUGAUCUAUCCCAGGUUACCCUACUGCAUUGCAAAGUAGGGUUUGCCAAGGCUCUUUGCUCUCAUCAUUUUCAUGCCCAGCAACAUCAGGUAACCUUUCCUGAGCCCCAGCUGUGUGCCAGGUCUGUGCUGGGCACUGUCACAUACCUCUUCAGGUCUUUGCUUGUCCCUUGGCCCUAGCCUUCCCUGGACUCUGGGCACCCAGGACUUGGCUCCGUCUGGUGGAAGAAGGCACUUGACCUCUCUGGGCUUCCGUAAUCUCACUUUUGACAAUGUGGAAGGAAAACUACAGGUACCCAGGUGCUCAGCUGCAGACUGGGUGAUGCUGGAGACCCAGGAACGAGUCAAACACGGGCUCUGCCCCAGGAAGCACACAGUGGGGUAGGACAAACCCAAGUACAGAUGGCCUUGCUCCCUAUUGUGUCUCAUUGAUUCAUUCAGCCUGGGUGUCCUAAGGCCUACCUCCUGUGUGCUGAGUGAUGCUGGGGGCCAGAGAUAUCAGGCCUCUGCUCCUGGGGAGACAGACAGAUCUCAGCCCCAGAUCCUCAGGGCUACAGUGGGGAUGUGCAGGGCCAGUGGGAUCCUGGAGCAGGCAACAGGCCUCCAUGGUGGGAGAUGAGGAGUCAGAGACUUCCUAGAGGAGAUAGUCCUUGAAGAAAAGGUAGGAAUCUGCUAGUGGAAGAGGAAGAGAACAUUUCAGGCAGACAGCACUGCAAGGAUGGUGGGUUCUUGGUAUACUUGGAGACUGUCCAGUUAUUCACAGCUACAGUGAAGCCGACAUUUGACUGCCUAGCCGUGGCAGGCACCACAGUUAGCACUAGACAUGUAUUAUGAUCCCAGCGGGUCUAUGAGGUGACCUCAGUAUCAUCCCUGUUGUAAAGAUGAGAAAACAGGAUCAGAGACUGGCCCGGGGUCUCACAGCUAGGCAGUGGCCUUGCUGAGAUUUGAAUCCAAGCUUCAGCCACGUCUGUAACCAGUGCUGUUCAGUGAUUGUUCCCUGAAACCCAUGCAGGGGCCAGGGGCUCAGAGGAGGAUUCAUUGUAACUGGAGGAAGUGAGCUGGUGUAACAGAACAGUUGGGGUUUGAUGGGGCCACAAAAGAUCAAAGGCCUUGGUGACAGGAAGGGAUCCUCAACCUUUCCAAAGAUUACCUGGGGUGACAAUCCUUCCCUCUAAAUGGAAGCAGGUGAUUUAUGACAGGUCAGAGGGGGAGGCUCCUCCCAGGCCUCUGCAGACUAAGGUGCUUAAUGCAGGUGAGGCAAAACAAGGCUAGGCAGAGGAGGGGCCAUGAGGCAGGGAAGGAGGGAGGCCUAGACCUGGGAAGGCCUUGAAAGCCAGGUUAAGAAUUUGGGGUGUGUGGGAGAGGGGGGAUGGGAGAGUCAUAAGUUGGGGUUAGGGCUCCCUGGUGUCAUGGUUGGGUAAGGGGGAGGCUGAAGAUGGUCCAGGAGGGAGAAGAUGGGGCCAGAACCAGGCAGAGGCCAUGGCGGUGGGAGGAGGGGGAGGGCCACCUUCUGAUCUCAUGGCCAACUAGACAUGAACAGCAGGAAGAGGGUCCCCACAAGCCCAAGGUCUGCCCCUUGCCCAGACCAGCCCUUCCCCGCUCAUCUGGUCUACUUGCUCUAUGUAUUCAUCUUAUGAACGAUGUGCUGCCCUCAUGGUGUUGAGCAGGGAGGGCUUGGGUUUAUUCUGGGCUGUAUACAGAUGCCCCUGGGGCUGGCCUCAGCAGACUGAAGAGCCCAGGUGCCACAGGAACAGUCCCUGAACUCCCUCUGGGACAUGUUCAAAACUCCUCUCCCUUUUUCUUAACAAGUGGAAUCCAGCAGAAGACAUGUCAGUUGCUCCUUCCCAGGCCCCCUUCCAUUUUUGGGGCCUCCUGCUCUCACGUACCAUUGGCAUCAUGUGGAAGAGAUGCCAUUUCCCUUUGAACAUGGCCCUACCAUGUUUUCAAAGCAAGGAGAAAAGCCAGGCCAACCUUACCAGGGUUGUCGCUUCCCAGCAUCCCUAAGAAGUGGGCCAGGUAGGUGCCCUGUUUAAGGCAGAAAUGAAGGCAGGGGCCGACCCCGUGGCCAAGUGAUUAAGUUCGCGUGCUCCGCUUCAGCAGCCCAGGGUUUUGCAGGUUCAGAUCCUAGGU